AUGACAAAGUUCGUAUGGGAUAAUGUGACGGUGCUCGUGUUUGCGAUAGGAUUCUUCACAAUUCCAUUCAAUACGAGCUUCAAGAUGCUUCAUUCUUCUAAAAUUUCUACCGACGACUUUAAUUUGUACAUAUACGCUUUUUCUUGGCUGGGUAUAUUAAUGAACUGCGUAACAGGCGUACAUGAUAAGAAGACCUCGGAGAUAAUCUUGGAGCCGAAAAGAAUAGUGAGCAUCUACCUGAAGGGUUUCUUUUUCAUUGACGUUUUCUCAUCGCUUCCUUACGACCGGCUCACGAUGCCUUGGCGAGUUAUUCCUGGACCUGAAUCAAACAUCUACAUCCCAUUGCUUAACCUUUUCCCAAAUCUGAAGCUCUUACGUUUCUUGAGUAUGACCACAUACACUCAGCGGUUAUUCCAGUACUUGAAUAUUAGAAGGGCAGUGGGCUGGAACACUGUAAUCUUCGUACUGUACUUGAUGCACUGGUUCGCUUGUUUAUGCUAUGUUUUACCUGCCCUCGUGAUGAACUACAAUAAGCAGAACUUGCACAACUGUGGAUGCUGGAUGGCUGAACUAGGUUUAACAAAUCCGCCAAUAAGCCUGUUGUACAGGAACAGCAUCUUCAUGACAGUCACUAACUUUACGGCCGGCAGCUACGGGAUUUUCCCCCCCGAACGGGAAGGCCACAUCUUUAUCUGCACUCUUCUUAUGCUGAGCGGCAUGAUAUUCAUAGACUACGCAAUAGUCUUGGUUCUCGGUAUGAAGUCGAAGAGAUACAUCUCAGAAACUAAAUAUGAAGAGAUCAUGAAUCAACUUCACGCUUACAUGCGUCAAAAACAAUUACCGGAGUAUAUGAAACGUCGUCUUCUUGCCUACUACUACUAUCGAUUUGUGAAGAGCUUCUACCGCGAGAAAGAAAUUUCUUCAACUUUAUCAGAAAACCUUCGUCGGGAAAUCGCGCUUCACUCGAGUCGUCGCUACGUACAAAACGUUGUGAUAUUCAGAGACCUGCCCAGUGAUGUCUUGGAGUCAAUUGUUGUGAACUUGAAAAUGGAAUUGUACUUACCAAAUGACGUAAUCAUCAAAGCAGGGACGCAGGGAGAUUGCAUGUUCUUUCUUGCCAGCGGAACGGUCGCGGUUUUAACGCCAACAGGAAAAGAGAUCUGUCAUCUCGAGGACGGUGCUCACUUUGGUGAAGUUGCACUGCUGGUUCGUGACCAAAGGAGAGUAGCGAGCGUCGUGGCCAUCGAAGUUUGCAAUGUCUUUCGCCUCGAACGGAAAGAUUUCCGACGAUGCAUCGCAGUGCACUCUGAUCUAUUCGCAAAGAUUGAACGACUUGCGACAGGACGCAUGGAGAAAACGGUACUCCUGGAGGAGCAGAACAAGCGGUUCUUGCUUCAGCGAUCAAAUCGCAGAACAUCCGCUACGAUGCGAAACCUUCACACGAAGAGUCUGUAUCCUGAUACAAAGGAGUGAUCGAAUCUACCAAUGGCUCCAACGGACUGGGAUUUGGUGUGACUUCUAAGCAGUCGAUACUGUUAUCUAGGGAUGCGGAACAUGCUUUUCUGGGGAUACGUCACUGUUAACUGGGGUGAGGGUUUAAUAUGUGAUUGCUACAUGAAGAUUAUAUUUACAUAAACAUCAGGCAUAACUCGUUCAUUUCAAGUUUGAUGAAAAUUCAUACAAAAAGGGAGAAGCAGGAUCCAACUGUAUGUACGAUGUGUAUUACAGAUAUGAUUGAUUAUAUAUAUGUACUUACCAAAUUAUCGUGAAAUGAGAAUUAUUUAGCGAAUGCUAUGCAACAUAAUACUGACGUUUCUUUCCACUUGCUGUUCAUCAUUACGUUUUUUCAGGAGAGCAAAGAAACGGUCCCAAAAUUCUAUUAAUCAAUUUGACAUGUCCUUCAGACCUUAUAUUCUUUUCUCACACUCAUACAGCUACCUUAUUCUCUGCAUCCUCUUCUUAUCAUCACCUCGCUGCCUCGGUUCCCAUCCCGCGUCAGUAGAAUGCUCCCUUUACUCCUAAGCUGCAACUAGACAGUCCCAAGGCAUUCGUUCUCCUAUAUAUUCACACUCUCAAGUUGUCUUUCAUUCAGCCAACAUCUAAAUUCACCUCUCUUUCCUUUUUCCUCCUCCACAUCUUCUCAUUGUACUUGCCAUGUUUUUUCCAAAAAAUAAAAUACUUACUCUCAACCAUUCGACUCCUCGAUGUAAGUUCUCUCAUUUCCUCUUAUCCUUAACGGAUUACAAACCCAAAAUAUGUCGAAACGUCAUCGCGGCUAGAUGUUAUGCGAUCAUCAAUGGACUCUCGUCAUGAUCACAAUCUUUCACCCCGUAACGAUUAUAAAACAAAAAUAAAAAAUUAGUUUUUACAGUUCUUCAAGCUCUUUCAAAUGGUCUAAACCUGGAUUCAAUACAGCAGCCCGCAUUAGUGAAAAUGACUCGCAAAAAUCCAUUCUUUCCGUGCCAGUGUAAUUUCGCAGUUUGUAUCAACUUCUUUUUUCUAACUGGAUGCUGAUUAAAAACACAAAAUUACGAUGUUAAAAUUACGAAACAUGAACUGGAUGUUGCAAAACAAUUUGAUAGGGAGAAGCGUACAUAAUUAGCAAAUUUUAACAAACUACGGUUUCCA